CUAGGGACUGGCGGAGGGAAGUCCGGGAGGGGAUGGAUGGGGGACGGUGGACUCAGGUCCGGGGCUGCAGGCUCCCACCCUCAACCCCUCGCCGGGCGCUUCUCUUUCUCCACCCGGAGUGAGUUCCCGGCCGGCGGGGAAGGUGGGGAGAGGCAUGUACGGCGGGGAGGGGCUGCCCUGAGGUUUUUGCAGCCGGGCUGUGGGUGCGUCUCCGAGUUUGAGGUAGAGUGUGGUUGUGCUUGGGGAAGAAGGGAGGGAGGGGUGCCCUCUGCCUGCAAUCACCCACCUCACCCCAGACCUUGGGAACAGAAAGGGUUGGUGUGCUGGCUGGCUGCUAAGGCAGACUUGAUUCAGAACAGCUCUGGGGCCCGACUGAAAAGCUCGAAUCAGGAGUCAGGCGGUGGACUCUCUUCCCCCAGCCUCCCCUGCCCCGAGUGCCUUGUGACUGGAGGACCCUGAUGGGGCUUUUCUGGCUGUGGCGGAGGACGGGGCUCAGUGCCAUCUUCAGGGAGACCAGGGGCUACGGAAGGGAGGGGAAGGGUCGCCGGACCUCCUGAUACAGGCCCUGGCCGGGCUCAUCCACAUCUGGAUAGGCCUGGAAUUGAGGCCCACGUCCCAGCCUGAUGGGUGGUGCUGGCACUGAAGUGCCCAGCCUGGGCAGCGCCUUCUGCCAUGAACUUUCUGAAGUCCUUUUAAAGUCCCUCCCGGAGCCUCCUUUUGCCAAGGAGGGCAGGGGCAGAGGGGUCCUGGGGACAGGAGGUGGCCAGGAAUAGGGUGUAGAGCGAAGGGUGUAGGGCGAAGCAGCGACUACAGCCAUCCUUGGGGCUGGGGCCUGGCCUGCUUCAGGCUCCAAGUCGCAGACCCACUGGAGGAUCCAGAUUUGGGGUCAGGGGCCCUGGGCCUGGGUCUGCCAGGCUGCAUGGACACAGCUCCCAGAUGGAGCCAGAGGUGCCUGUAUCUGCGUUGGAGCAGAAGAUCGGAUGUCGUGGUUUAGCGGCCUCUUGGUCCCCAAGGUGGAUGAACGGAAAACAGCCUGGGGGGAGCGCAAUGGGCAGCAGCGGCCGCGCCGUGGGACCCGCACCAGUGGCUUCUGCACGCCCCGCUACAUGAGCUGCCUCCAGGGCGUGCAGCCACCCAGCCCGACCCCCGCCACCGCCCCUCGGUGCCCCUGGCAGGAUGAGGCCUUCAUCCGGAGGGGGGGCCCAGGCAAGGGCCCGGAGCUGGGGCUGCGGGCGGUGGCCCUGGGCUUCGAGGACCCUGAGGUGGCCGGGGCCGUCGGAGCAGCGGAGGUGGCGCCUGCCGUGGCCACCAGGAGCAGGCGGGCCUGCUGGCGCCAGCUGGUGCAGGUGUUCCAGUCGAAGCAGUUCCGCUCGGCCAAGCUGGAGCGCCUGUACCAGCGCUACUUCUUCCAGAUGAACCAGAGCAGCCUGACGCUGCUCAUGGCGGCGCUCGUGCUGCUCACGGCUGUGCUGCUGGCCUUCCACGCGGCGCCCACCCGCCCUCAGCCCGCCUACGUGGCCCUGCUGGCCUGUGCUGCCACCCUCUUCGUGGUACUCAUGGUGGUGUGCAACCGGCACAGCUUCCGCCAGGACUCCAUGUGGGUGGUGAGCUACGUGGUGCUGGGCAUCCUGGCGGCCGUGCAGGUCGGGGGCGCCCUGGCAGCCGACCCGCGUAGCCCGUCUGCAGGCCUCUGGUGCCCUGUGUUCUUUGUCUACAUCACCUACACACUCCUUCCCAUCCGCAUGCGGGCUGCAGUCUUCAGCGGCCUGGGCCUCUCCACCCUGCACUUGGUCUUGGCCUGGCAGCUCAACCGUGGUGACGCCUUCCUCUGGAAGCAGCUUGGAGCCAACAUGCUGCUGUUCCUCUGCACCAAUGUCAUUGGCAUCUGCACACACUAUCCGGCGGAGGUGUCUCAGCGCCAGGCAUUUCAAGAGACCCGCGGUUACAUCCAGGCCCGGCUGCACCUGCAGCAUGAGAACCGGCAGCAGGAGCGGCUGCUGCUGUCUGUGUUGCCCCAGCACGUUGCCAUGGAGAUGAAAGAAGACAUCAACACAAAGAAAGAAGACAUGAUGUUUCAUAAGAUCUACAUCCAGAAGCACGACAAUGUCAGCAUCCUGUUUGCGGACAUUGAGGGCUUCACCAGCCUGGCGAGCCAGUGCACGGCGCAGGAGCUGGUCAUGACCCUGAACGAGCUCUUUGCCCGGUUCGACAAGCUGGCUGCGGAAAAUCACUGCCUGAGGAUCAAGAUCUUAGGGGACUGUUACUACUGCGUGUCAGGGCUGCCAGAGGCCCGGGCAGACCAUGCCCACUGCUGCGUGGAGAUGGGGGUGGACAUGAUCGAGGCUAUCUCGCUGGUGCGCGAGGUGACGGGUGUAAACGUGAACAUGCGCGUGGGCAUCCACAGCGGGCGUGUGCACUGCGGUGUCCUUGGCUUGCGGAAAUGGCAGUUUGAUGUGUGGUCCAAUGACGUGACUCUGGCCAACCACAUGGAGGCUGGGGGCCGGGCCGGCCGCAUCCACAUCACCCGGGCCACACUGCAGUACCUGAAUGGGGACUACGAAGUGGAGCCGGGCCGCGGUGGGGAGCGCAACGCCUACCUCAAGGAGCAGCACAUUGAGACCUUCCUCAUCCUGGGAGCCAGCCAGAAACGGAAAGAAGAGAAGGCCAUGCUGGCCAAGCUGCAGCGGGCGCGGGCCAACUCCAUGGAGGGGCUGAUGCCACGCUGGGUGCCUGACCGUGCCUUCUCCCGGACCAAGGACUCCAAGGCUUUCCGCCAGAUGGGCAUCGAUGAUUCCAGCAAAGACAACCGGGGUGCUCAGGAUGCCCUGAACCCUGAGGAUGAGGUAGACGAAUUCCUGGGCCGGGCCAUCGAUGCCCGCAGCAUCGAUCAGCUGCGCAAGGACCAUGUGCGCCGGUUCCUGCUCACCUUCCAGAGAGAGGAUCUUGAAAAGAAGUACUCACGCCAGGUGGACCCCCGCUUUGGAGCCUACGUGGCUUGUGCCCUGCUAGUCUUCUGCUUCAUCUGCUUCAUCCAGCUUGUCGUCUUCCCACGCUCAGCCCUGAUGCUUGGGAUCCACGCUGGUAUCUUCCUGCUGUUACUGGUCACCGUGCUGACCUGUGCUGUGUACUCCUGUGGCUCUCUGUUCCCCGAGGCCCUGCGACGUGUGUCUCGCAGUAUCGUCCGCUCGAGGGCACAUAGCACCGCAGUUGGCAUCUUUUCUGUCCUGCUUGUGUUCACCUCCGCCGUUGCCAGCAUGUUCACCUGUAACCACACCCCCAUACGAACUUGCGCAGCCCGGAUGCUGAAUUUAACCCCUGCUGACAUUACCGCCUGCCACCUGCAGCAGCUCAAUUACUCUCUGGGCCUGGAUGCUCCCCUGUGUGAGGGCACCGCACCCACCUGCAGCUUCCCCGAGUACUUCAUUGGGAACGUGUUGCUGAGUCUCUUGGCCAGCUCUGUCUUCCUGCACAUCAGUAGUAUCGGGAAGUUGGCCAUGACCUUUGUCCUGGGGCUCGUUUAUCUGGUGCUGCUUCUGCUGGGUCCCCCAGCCACCAUCUUUGACAACUAUGACCUCCUGCUGGGCGUCCAUGGCUUGGCUUCUUCCAAUGAGACCUUUGAUGGGCUGGACUGCCCAGCGGCCGGGAGGGUGGCACUCAAAUACAUGACCCCCGUGAUUCUGCUGGUGUUCGCACUGGCGCUGUACCUGCAUGCCCAGCAGGUGGAGUCCACCGCCCGCCUGGACUUCCUCUGGAAGCUGCAGGCAACAGGGGAGAAGGAAGAGAUGGAGGAGCUCCAGGCCUACAACCGGCGGCUGCUACAUAACAUUCUGCCCAAGGACGUGGCCGCCCACUUCCUGGCCCGGGAGCGCCGGAACGACGAGCUCUACUAUCAAUCCUGUGAAUGUGUGGCCGUCAUGUUCGCCUCCAUUGCCAACUUCUCUGAGUUCUACGUGGAGCUGGAGGCCAACAACGAGGGUGUUGAGUGCCUGCGACUGCUCAAUGAGAUCAUUGCUGAUUUCGAUGAGAUCAUCAGUGAGGAGCGCUUCCGGCAGCUGGAGAAGAUCAAGACAAUUGGUAGCACCUACAUGGCUGCCUCUGGGCUGAACGCCAGCACCUACGAUCAGGUGGGCCGCUCCCACAUCACUGCCCUCGCCGACUACGCCAUGCGGCUCAUGGAGCAGAUGAAGCACAUCAAUGAGCACUCCUUCAACAAUUUCCAGAUGAAGAUCGGACUGAACAUGGGCCCAGUUGUGGCAGGCGUCAUUGGGGCUCGGAAGCCACAGUAUGACAUCUGGGGGAACACAGUGAAUGUCUCGAGUCGAAUGGACAGCACCGGGGUCCCCGACCGAAUCCAGCUGUUCUGGGCCCUGGGUUGGGUCCGAAGUGGCAGAGCCUGGUGGAGGGCAGUCCCCUGCCGGGGGUUCUGUAGACCUCUCUCAUCUGCUAAGAUGAAGCUGCAAUGUGCAGAGAACGUGACCACUCUGAGGCCUGGCAGCAUUCGUUACUCUGACUCCUGCCAUGCAUGA